AUGGCGAGCGCGCCUCGGGACAGCGAGGCGCCGCUCCGCCAGCUCGCGGCGAUGGUGAAGAACGCCGUCGUGAUGGCAGUCUUCAUGGUCGCGGUGCUCGUGGGCGUCGGCGCCGUGGGGCCCCCCGCGCCUGCCAGCUGCAGCACGGCUGGAGAGGGGUACACGAGCUCCGCGAUGUCGCAGGACCUGCGCGCCGUCGGCAGCUUCUGCCUCGGGGCCGUGCUCUGCAGCAUCGCCAUAAAGCCCCGCGCGGCAGACGCCUGGUCGAUGAAGGUGAGCGUCCGGUGCCUGAUCUGA